UUCAUUACGAUACAAUUUCCAAGAAUAUGUACAUUUAGACGAUAUUUCUAAGCCAACGCCCACAGGGAACCGAUCUCAAUCAUUUCGCGACAGCACUUUUUUGAGUGCUACACCUUCUCAAAAGGCUCUGCAGACAUUAAAGGUGAUUUGUCGUAGCUCAUUAGUGCUUCGUGGUAAUCAAAGGAAUGAUGGUUCCUCAAGAAAACCUUCCGGUAUUUUCUGGAACUUCUACCGUGCAUCAAUGAAAGCAUACUUCCUAUUUCAGCAUUACUUCGGUCAUUCGUCUUUCCGCCCUAAGCAGUGGGACAUUGUGCGAAACGCUCUGGAAGGAAAGGAUCAGCUUGUGCUGAUGUCUACAGGAUACGGCAAAAGUGUAUGUUAUCAACUGCCGGGCCUAAUGUCUUCGUUCCUGACCCUGGUAGUAUCACCACUUAUCUCUUUGAUGAACGAUCAAGGACGACAUUUUGGUGGUGCUACCAUCAUUUACUGUCAGACGCGAGCUAUGGUAGAAUCGGUUCAUGAGUAUCUUAGAGGUAGAGGCGUGAAAUGUGCUAUGUACCAUGCCGGCUUAAGUGAUAAGGCGAGAAACGAUGCACAUCACGGUUUCAUCCAAGAUAAAUACACUACUAUAGUUGCUACGGUAGCCUUCGGUAUGGGAAUAGAUAAAUCAGAUGUGCGCAAAGUGAUACAUUGUGGAAGUCCAAAGGAUAUCGAAAGUUAUUACCAGGAAAUCGGUCGUGCUGGACGUGACGGUGAUCCAGCACACUGCUAUGUUCUUUGGACGCAAAAGGAUAUAGUUAUGAACAGGGCCCGUAUUAACAAUUCGAUGAAGGAACCAUACCUUUCGCAUGCCUACGAGAUGAUCCGAGCGAUGGAAGAGUUUUUGAGUUCAAUGCGAUGUAGACGCUACUUGCUUCUGAGCCACUUCGACACAUCUACACCGGCUCCCUUGAAUCCCCAAACCGACUGUUGUGAUAAUUUGUCGUACCUAAACGAAUUUUGUCGAGGUCGUGGAUCCAAUCAGAAGAUUUUUGGUAUUGGUAAAGGAAGAAGCGACAAGUGGUGGAAGGCUCUUGGUGCACAACUGCGUAUACACGGCUGGUUGGUAGAAAUCAAAAAGGGAGAUAUGGUAUAUGGUGCAUGUGUGAAGCUGUCGGAAAAGGCGAAGAAGUGGUACUUGGCUAAUAAUGAGGUACGGAGGAUCCUCGGAGCGACCCGUCUUUUCCUGCAUCCAUAUAAUUUAUUUGUCACCGUGCCGCAAUUAAUACAAUUAACAAAGCAUCAGGUGGAAGAACUCCGUCGGGUGCUGGAUAACGUCCGAAUGGAGUUGGCAAAAGAGUACGACUGUGGACCGUUCCAAAUCGCAUCGAAUAAGGUCCUCGACCAACUAGCUAAUAUUCGACCGAAUAGUGUAGCUGCUUUGGAGUCGAUCUCGGAUCUGCCUGUUGAAAGACGCCAACGCUUUGGGCAGCGUUUCACCGAUUGUAUUAAAGAAUUUGCCGCUGCACACAACCUUGACACCAAUGUCUCCACUUCAUCAACAGUAAGUCUCUAUAUUGCCAAGCAUGUUUUUUUUUUGGGCUCGGAUAUAUCAAAGAUGCGGUGCAUUAGCGAGUCAACAACAUGGGGAAAUUUGUGUUCCGCCGUGGAACUGGGACUUCCACUUCACUUGGAUAAGUUAGUAAGAAAGCUGAUCAGUGGAAAUCAGACCAACUUUUUUCUCAAUUUUGUUAUCGUCAGUGUCUCUUCAGAUGUCUAUCGACUGAAACAGCUAAUGGAAGCGUUACCUCCGGACUUCAUCGACUACAAUCGUCUGAAGAUAAUCAGAGCAAUCUUGUUGUGGGAAUAUGAGGCCAAUACUACUGAAACUUCGUCAUCAGGUACAAUGGACAUUCUGAUACAGGCUUAG